AUUUCGUUCUUCUCUGGCGUGUGACAAAUUUUCCCAUUUCGAGUUAUUUUUUUUUAAAACUAAUUGUCAAAAAAAAGAAAAGAAAAAUAAAUCAAAAAUUCAUUUGCCAAUGAAAUAUGUUUUUUUUUCCCCCUGAUAAAAGUGAAAAAAUAACAAAACUUGUGUAUAUUUGUGACAAACAACGUCAUUGUCGUAUUGCGUGAUCAUUUUGCGAAAAAAAGGUCACAUUUCCAGAUACCAGUGCGUCGCUUUGCAGAAUGAUGAUUUUGACGGGCUUGUGUAUAUUGAUGCACUAGCAACGAAUUCUCGUGUCACGAGAAAAAGAAAAAAGAAAAAUAAAGAGAACGAAAGAGAGAGAGAGAGAAAGAGAAAAAUUACGCUAAAUGUAAAAAAAAAAAAAAAUAUUGGCAACAAAAUUUUUUUUGAUAAUUAUUAAUUAAAUAAAUCUUGAUACAUAUUUUUAAUAUGGCUCAGCAUUAUAAUAUUUCUCUUGAAGACGUACAAAGAAUAUAUUCAGUUGAUGGACAAAGUCUUCGAUUUGUUGUUGGUGAUCUUAAUAAUGGUGGGAAUGGUUCAUCGCAAAUUAUUUAUACCGUUCCACAAAAUAAUCCACCGGCAAUAUAUCCCCAAACUAUUAAUUUAGCGACACAAUUGGAUCAACGACAAAGUGUUUAUAUAAUUAAAACAAAUGAAUCGGCUGGCACACAGAAUAUUAUAAAGGCGAAUACAGUUGCAACUCAUUUAGUUGCUGAAAACGUAAAUUUCGUCGAAGCAAAAGAAUCGAAAGCAUCGACAAACAAUGUCCAAGAGGGACAACAAUCUCAAUGGAUAAAUGUUCAAGACAACAAAAUCAGUUACGAGUCAGUUUUGAAACAAUCGACAACAACUUUGAAAACACAACCAAAACUUCAACAACAAAACAAUCUUUCAACGGUUGUUCUGCAAACGCAGGGUCAUUGUUCGCAGCCGGAACUGCAAGUUUAUGGCUCCAUGGAGAAAAAAGGACCGCGCUUCACUCAAGCAAGAGGGAAAAAUCCCCAAUCACAAAGUGGAUUAUUAACAGGACUAACAACAACAACAACAACAAGUCCACGUAAUCCAACAUCUACCGAUCAUCUUUUAAAUUCACAAACACCACGUUUUAUUUCACCAACAUUAACACGCGCUCGUCCACCAUCAAAUAAUGAACAAAUUGUACGCGCCGUUCGUCCAUUACAAAAUCCCCAACAAAUUUCACGUAAUUCACCUCAUAUUUUACAAAGAAAUCUUAAUCGCAGCGUUGGAGGAGGAGGAGGAGGCGGCGGUGGUGGUGGUGGUGGUUUAAAUUCCGGCGAUAUUGAUCAUUUAAGCGAAAGAAUAAAACGUGAGAAAUUAAAAUUCGCCCAAAUGAAACAGGAUCAAGUACAAACGGAAAAACAAGUUUUAUAUCGUUCGGUAAAUCAAAAAACUCCAAUAAUCACACAAAGACCAUUAACACAAAAUACAAGACCAAUUCAAUAUCGUCAAAAUACAGCAGUUCGUUUACAACAGGGACAAAUGACACCGCGUUCAUUACAACAACAACAACAACAUCAUCGAAUGUUAUCACCAAAUCAACAGGGAUUUAUAAGUCCAGUUAAAACUGAUCAACGUCAAAGAAUUAUUGUUAAUUCAUCAUCAUCGUCAUCAUCAUCGUCGUCAACGUCAUUAUCGCCUCAAGUUUCACCGCGGCAAAGAGUAACAUCAACAGCUAAUACACCAAUAAGAGGUGGUAAUUUAUUACAAAAUAAUAAUGAACAACAAGAAAUUUGUGAAAGAAAAAUGACACAGCAAAGUUGUACGCCUAAAUCAGAAUUGGAACAACAAAAUUCAAGUGAAAGUUAUGCAUAUUUACAAAGAGUUAUUGCUGAUCCACAUACGGCAAUUGUACAACAACAAAUAACUGGCAAUGUUGCAAAGAUGCUGGUCGUCUUACUUGAUGGUGAACAGAGAUUAAUUACAUUUGAUAUUCCAAUUGAGGAGUGUACUGUUCAGGAUCUAUUAGAGCAGGUACGGGUGAAUGUUCCUUUUGGUGCGGAGAAUACUGUUUCUCUUGUGAACGAUCCAACUCUCGGGAUAAAUUAUAUCGUUGAAGUGCAACCGCCCGCAGAGUCAGGAAACGAGCAGAACGAUGGAAAAUGUCGUUCACAAGAAACACCGAAAAAUUGUAUUCGAAGUCCUUCGCCCACCAUGAGUCUCCAAUUCGAUGAAAAUAGCAACUCAUCAACAUCACAAAUUGAGGAGCCAAAAUAUGUGGAUGGAAAGGUUGCAGUCUGUCCUUAUUGCGGAGUACUCUCAUCAACUUUCAACCAAUGCGAGAGAUGUAAACGAAAAAUGCCCGAUAACGUCAAGUCAGUGUCUGAUUCACGCGGCGGGAACAAGGACGCCAAGGAUAACGUUUUAUCUUGCGACAAUUUUUAUAAGAAAGUGGAACUACCUUCAAGCAGGCCGGAAAAAUUGGAGAGAGAAGGAGCACCUGUUAGAGGACGAGGAAGAGGAAGAGGUGGAGCUCGAUCGCGAAAACCAAUAAAAGAACCAGAAUGCCUGAUUAUUUCAUCGGACGAGGAGCAUGAGAACGAGAAGACUGUAAAGCAAGAUGCAGCGAGUCGAAUAUUUUCAGGAAUUAACGAAGGUAUGAACAUGGAAGAAUCGGAAUUGAUUUUGGAAAAGGAACCAGUAAUUACGAAUCAAAGUGCCAACUUUGCGUCAGAAGGCAUUAAAGGUUCGGAACGUGAUUCAGAUGAUCAAAUAACGGAAUGUCCGACAAAUACAAUGCAUACAUUACUUCAUUGUCGAACAGUUAGAAUAGGUUCCUAUAAAUAUGUUCCAGUGGAAAAUGUUAUUAUAUCCGAACAUGGUUUACGUCUUAAUGUUCCAUUUUUAGAGGAUCAUAAAAAAUUAGUGACCGUUGAUGUUAAAUUUAAACACAUUGUUCGUCUCUUAAUUCAUUUUGGAAAGGCAAUGCCAGUUCUUUUUUUUUAUACAACAACGGCAACUGGAGUUAUGAUUCGCGAUGUCUUGGGAAUGCAGGAUCCAAAGGGACCUUACUUUGAUCCGGCCAGUAAAGAUCAUACGCACAAAAGAAUAACGCUUUUGCCUGAUAAAAUUAACGAUGAUUCAAAGACAAUUUUGAAAACUUUAUAUGAUGGAAAACUCGAGGAAUUAAGCCCGAAGGAAGCGAAUGAUAUUCUCGUUAGAGCAUCGCCAAAAGACUGUAUUCAACAAGUUCUUUCGAGACGUUCAAGUGCGCAGACAGCAAGUUCUCAUUCUAAUACUAAUGCCAACGGUGUUAUUCAGACAAUAACAGUUUAUCCACCACCGCCAGCAAAAGGUGGAAUAGCAAUAAACACAGAGGACUAUAUAUGCCUUGGGGAGGAUCAAUUUCUCAAUGAUGUGAUAAUAGACUUUUAUCUAAAAUAUUUAACCUCAGAAAUUCUCACUGAAGAUGAUAGAAAUCGUACACAUGUAUUUAGUUCAUAUUUCUAUAAACGUUUAACGAGUCCCCAUGCAUCGGCGGCAAUGGACAAUAAUAUGCCACAAACAGCCGCUGGUAAACGUCAUGCGCGCGUUCAAAAAUGGACAAAAAAUGUUAAUAUAUUUGAAAAAGACUUUAUUGUUAUUCCAAUUAAUGAACAUGCACAUUGGUUUCUUGCAAUUAUUUGUUUUCCUGGUUUAGUUGGUAAAAUAUUGGCAAAAAAUUCAAGUGCAAGUGUAAGUGUAAGUGGAAAAGAAAUUGAACAGAAAAAUGUACAUAAAAGUAAAAGAUUAAAAGAAAUGAAACUUCAAUCAAUGACAAUUGGAAAUACAACAAUUACGCCAGUUACAACAACAAUUACAAUUGAUCAAGGUGAUGAUGGUUCUGAGAGAGAUGAAGCGGAGGGUGACGAUGAGGAAAUGGAAAUGGAUAGUGAGGAUGAUGAGGAGAUGGAAGAAGAAUCGAAUAUCAAAGCGCAGCCAAUACAAGAGAAGACGGAAAAAUUACCCUGUAUCCUUAUAUUUGACUCGUUAGCUGGUGCGAGUCGAUGUCGAGUUGUCGCUACUUUACGCGAUUAUCUUUAUUGUGAGCACAUUGCAAAACAAGGCUCUGAAAAAGUAUUUUCCAAAGAUACUAUAAAAGGCGCCAGUCCAAAAGUUCCACAACAAUCAAAUUUCAUUGAUUGCGGUGUCUAUGUAUUACAAUACGUUGAAAGCUUUUUUAAGGAUCCAGUCAAAGAUUACACACUGCCGAUAAAAACGUUAAAAAAUUGGUUCGAGGAAAUAGUUGUAACGAGAAAACGUGAGGAAAUAUCAAAACUUUUAAUUGAAUUAAUGAAAAAAACAUCGAAAGGAGAUAAAUUGAUAACAUUGCCAAGUGUCAGUUUUCCAACUCAAGAUGGAAAAUUAAAACCAAAAGCUGAGUCGGAAAAAGGUGAAAAAAAUGAAAAGACGACAACGUCAGUGACAAACACGACGUCAACGACGACGACGACGACGACAACAACAACAUUAGCAGCAGCAACAACAACAGCAACGACGACGACGACGACGACGAUGAUGACUUCGACGGCGACAACAACAACAACGACGACGACGAUGACUUCAUCAAAAUUGGAAGAAGGAAAGAGAAAAAUGGAGACGGAAGGAAAAACCAAUGCCGUUAUUGAUAAUACAGAAAGCACGAGAGAAAUUUCAAAUAAAAUUUCUCUUAUUCCAUAUUCAUCGACAUCAUCAUCUAGUUGUAGUUCAAAUGAGGGAAAUAUUCCCGAUUUACCCACCGAAAUUGUCGCUCCAAUUAGAUCGUCAACUGAAACAAUGAAUUAUUUGAAAGCAAAAAGAAUUCAAAGGAUAGUAAUGAAAAAUGAUAAUUCUGACGAUAAGCCAGCAGCAAAAAAACUGAAGAGCGACAUCGGUGAUGCCUGUAAAUAAACGUUAUCUUUUUUUUUUUUUUCUUCUUUUUUUAAUCAAAAAAAAAAAAAAGAUUGUAUACAACUAAAUUGAGCCACCUUAAAUCUAUUAUGUAAUAAAGUAUGUAGCUAAUAGUUCUUUAAGUAAUAAUAGUAGUAAUAAUAAUAAUAAUAAUAAUAAUAAUAAUAAACACUUGUAAGUCAUAA